AUGCUGCCCAUAUCACGAGUGGCAAGGAGGAGUCUGAGCAUUACGGUACCGCGCCGGGAGUCUCUGAGCGACACUAAAAUCACAGACCGCUUCAGCAUGAAAGGAAAAAGCGUCCUGGUCACUGGAGGCGGAAGAGGAAUAGGCUUCGCAAUAUGCAAAGCCAUCGCCCAAAUGGGUGGCAACAUCGCAGUCCUCGACUCCCUUCCAAAACCAGUCGACGAGUUCGACCAACUGGAAAGCCGCUACGGAGUGAAGACAUCCUUCACCCAAGCAGACGUGACCAAGCAGUCCUCACUAGAAGCCGGUUUCAAAUUAGCCGUCGACAACGUCGGACCAUUCCAGGGCUGCGUACCAGCAGCCGGUAUCGCGGUAGACAAGCCCUUUCUGGAGCAGACCUGGGACGAAGCAACAGGCGUACUGAAUGUCAACGUGUUGGGAACGUUCUGGACAGCAAAGCUGAUGACGGCACAUAUGCAACAGCAUGGCCAAGGCGGGAGUAUCGUCCUCAUAGCCUCGAUAGCUGGACAGGGUAUCAAGGUGCCCGAGCAGAAUCUCGCAAUUUACAACAUGAGCAAAGCCGCUGUGAAGGGACUUGUAGGUCCCUUGGCAGUCGAAGUGGGCCACUCAGGAAUCCGCGUCAAUUCGGUCUCGCCUGGCGUAAUCAUGUCGCCGAUGACCGAGGGCAUGAAAGUGGAAUAUCCUCAUCUACUGAGUAUGUUUGAGAAUGCGGCGCCGUUGAAGCGAAUAGGAGUGCCAGAGGACUUGACGCCUCUCAUUACUUAUCUGUUGAGCGAUGCAAGCUCUUUCACGACGGGAGCUGAUAUCUUGGUAUCGGGAGGUAUACACGCAGGUAUCUCGCCGAGCUGGCUGAGCCAGAAAAGCUGA